CAGUGGAAAACAUUUGACUUUUUCGAUGUGACCCAAGCUCAUCCUGGAGAUGAAGAAACAAGAUCCAUAUUUGAAAAUAAUGAAAUAACUUGCGUUUCGUCAGGCAUAAAGAACCUAUUCCUUGGUACCCGAGAUGGCUCAGUUCACAUUUUAUCGCCAGAAUUUAAAACUGUCAGGAUAUUUAAGGCGCAUACUUCUGGAACUGUUACUCAUAUCAUGCAAGUAGAAAAAAAAAAAAAACUUCUAAUAACUGCCUCUGAAGAUAUCCCGAACGAACCCAUAUUGAAGGUAUGGGCUUUGUAUAAACCCGUAAAGAAAACAGAUGCUCCGACCUGUCUUUCUACUCUUAGCCUUCGAAAUGGACGUAAACCGUUUCCUAUAACUGCCUUCGCGGUGACUCCUGACUUGUCACAAGUCGCUAUUGGGUUCGGAAAUGGCUCAGUAACAGUAGUUCGCGGAGAUCUUAUUCAUGAUAGAGGUGCGAAACAACGAACAGUGUUUGAAUCUGAGGAGCCAGUGACUGGGCUACAACUACGGGAAGAGUCGCGAAUAUUAAUCUUGUAUAUCGCGACAACUUCUCGGAUUUUGAAGCUUCCAAUUUCGGGUCGCGUGCAAAAUCAAAUAUCACGCGUGGUGGAAGACUCAGGAUGUGCGGUUGGAUGUAUGACCCUUAACGAGAGCAAUAACGAUAUAAUUGUUGUCAGAGAAGACGCGAUAUAUUACUAUGGGAUUCAAGGCCGUGGCCCAUGCUAUGCAUUUGAUGGCCCCAAAAGUCAUGUAGCUAUCUUUAAAGACUACGUCGCAAUAAUAUCUCCACCAUCAACUUUAUCAAAGUCACUUGCAAGGAAUAACAACUUACAAAGAUUUGGAGGACCACAUACAAACAAUAUUUUUAAUACUUCUUCUCUUACUCUUUUAGAUACAGGGUUGAAAUUUAUUGCACAUUCGGAAUCUCUUGUAUCACAAGUCAAAUUUUUAUUCAUAAUUUGGGGUAAACUGUUCACAUUAACACAAGAGGGCAAGAUAUACCAGUAUAACGAGAAACCUCUCCAACAGAGAUUAGAAUAUCUUUAUCAGAGAAAUCUCUUUGUUCCUGCAAUCAACUUGGCCCAGAAGUCAGGAAUAGAUGAAACUCAACUAAAUGGAAUCUUCCGUAGAUACGGGGAUUUCUUGUAUCAAAAGGCAGACUAUGAUGGUGCCAUGCAGCAGUAUUUAAAGGCUAUUGAUAACACGGAACCAUCCCAGAUUAUCCGCAAGGCAAUUUUCAUCCUUUACACGCAAUUACAUGAGCAUCAUAAAGCCAAUUCUGAUCAUACAACGCUUCUGUUAAAUUGUUAUGCAAAGCUUAAAGAUGUCGAAAAACUUGAAAAUUUCAUCAAAUCUCCUGGCGCACUCAAAUUUGAUUUAGAAACUGCAGUGCUAAUGUGUCGCCAAGGUGGAUACUAUGAUCAAGCCGCUUAUCUUGCUGAGAAACACGGUGAGCAUGAAAUAGUCGUCGACAUUUUGAUUGAGAAUUCGAAAAUGUAUCGAGCAGCAGUAAACUACAUAUCACGGUUAGAACCUGAAGCUGCGUACACAAGUCUUAUGAAAUAUGCUAGGGUAUUGCUAGAAAAUUGUCCCAAAGAUACUACUCAACUCUUUAUCAAUUAUUUUACAGGGCGUUUUCGUCCGUCAGAGACCUUGAACAUAGAAUCAACCCUGGAAGAACCUGGUGAUACAAGUGGAGCUUUCAACACAGUCCAAAACUUAAAGGAUCUCCUCCCACUGCCAUAUAUGCUUCCAAAUAUAGCAUCAACUCCAGCUCAAAGCAACGAGGUAGCAUCCAAUGAAACGUUUAUUCAGAAAUUAGAUCCUAAAGUGGAGCUAGUAUAUGAUAUUCCCCGGCCUAGACUAGCAUUUUCCUCUUUUGUAGACCACCCAAAUGAGUUCAUUCAAUUUCUCGAAGCUUGUCUAGAAAGUCAAGAUUUAAACCAGCCAGACAAAGUUGACCUCUACACUACACUAUUUGAAAUGUACCUUCACAAAUCCCGAGAGAAAGAACCUGGCCAUGAAGAAUGGGAGCGCAAGGCUAAAAAUUUGAUCGAAGAAAAGGAAAUUUUAAUAGAUAUUUCAAAUGUUCUACUGCUCUCGCAUCUAUCGGACUUUCGAGAUGGUACAAUUCUUGUUCAAGAACAAGCUGGACUCAGAUUUGAUAUUUUCCGCUCCUUUACUUCUGCUAAGGAUACAAAAGGAGCUAUAAAAGCACUACGAAAGUAUGGCCCUCAAGAACCGCAGCUUUACCCAGCGGCACUAGCCUACUUCGCAUCUGAUCCUCAGAUUCUCGAAGAUGCUGGCGAUGAAUUUGAUGCUGUUCUUCAAAAAAUUGACGAAGAUGGACUUAUGGCCCCCCUACAAGUCAUCCAAACUUUAAGUACCAACGCAGUAGCAACAAUAGGAAUGGUUAAAAGUUAUUUGCAAAAAACAAUAGAGCGCGAGAAAAACGAGAUAUUAUCAAAUCAACGACUUAUUGACUCCUACCGAACCGAGACAGCCGAGAAGCGAAGAGAAAUAUCGGAUCUGCUGACAAAACCGCAAACGUUCAGUAAUACUCGCUGCCAUGCUUGUGGCUCCCAGCUUUCACUCCCAACUGUUCACUUUUUGUGUAAACACAGUUUUCAUCAGUCUUGCCUUAACCUGGAACUGGGACAAGAUGGUAACUAUGAAGGUAGCUGUCCUAGCUGUAAGAAAGAUAACGAUACGAUUCGUGCUAUAAGAAAAGCCCAAGAUGAAAGUUCAGAUCGCCAUAGCAUGUUUUUGGACGCAUUGGAGCGGAGUGGUGAUAGGUUCAACACCAUAAGUGAGUUCUUUGGAAGAGGAGUUAUGGAUGUUGCCACGAUUAAUUAA